AUGCCUCGAGAAGCGAUCAUCAGUGCUCAUCUGUCUGCCAUGAAACGAAGUGAGCGCAACAUCACCCAAUUGCGAGGCUACAAGUUCUACCCGAACCUGUCUGAUCUCUCCGCUGGCACUGCCAACGAUCGUGGGCGCCUAUACUUGCGAUACGCACCUCACGGUAGCCUUGAAACCGUGGUGAGCCGAUACCGCGCUUUCAACACGCACCUCCCGGAGCUGUAUCUCUGGUCAGUCUUGGUGGAUCUCGCAAACGCCGCUUGUAUAAUGCGAGAAUGUCCAGUGACGUGGAACCCGGUCCCUAAGAAAGGACAGGCACCUCCGAACUUUGAGCGAAGCGAAGAUGUCUUCAUUCUACACGAGGACUUCAAACCAGGUAACUGCUUCAUCGAAGCCGACCGCAACCGCACCAGAAGGCAGGUCAAGACACCAUAUCAUCCGACUGAGCUGGGGGACUUUGGUAUGAGUCAGCCUCGGACUGCAGACCCAUCCAACCCUCGCCUCUGGUGGGGAGUAGGCACUUCUUGUUGGAUCCCUCCUGAACAACUUCAAUACGGCAGACUUUGGGAUCGAAAGGUGUACAAUUGGGACGGCGCGACUCCCCCCGAUUUCGAUGAGCGUACCAAUGUUUGGAGUAUCGGGAAGAUUAUGUGGCAUAUGAUGACUCUAAGAGGACGUCUCGAAUUCCCAAAAGACUUUCGAGAUGAGAGGGGCCGCAUAACUAGACGCCAGGAAGACUAUGACGACGAGCAGCAGUUCUAUGAAUUCAACAACCACUUCAUGCGCUUCGAUGAUACGGCAAACAAGGACACGUCCUGCGUUCAUUACUCUCUUGCGUUGCGGCACCUCGUCUACGAAUGCUUGCGACCAGAGAUCACGCGUCGCCCGGGAUCUGCACAGCUUUUGAAACGAGCCAGGGGCGAAAUGAAGAGGUGCAAGUCACAGACAGGAGCGCAAGAGCCGAGUGCCGUCCAUUUCGACAAUGGAAGCAUGAAUGAUGUGGGCUUGCAGCAUAAGCGCGAUGCCGGCUUGCGAUUCGACCAUCAGGACGAGAGCCACAUGCAGCUCUUCGCCGAAAUGUUUCUCGGACAUCGGAUGGGCAAUCCAGACGAGCCUCGCCUACGCCCGCCCGGCGAUGAUUGGGCGCAGUUUGAGCGGGAUGCGCAGAUCUAUGAGAGUGCGCGGGAAGAAAGGCACCCGCCCGCGAACAGUCUACUGCAAGAGCUCGCUGAGGGAGUGUUCCGCGACGUGAAACCAGCCAGGCAGAAGAGAGCUCGGUCAUGGGUCUCGCAGGAUGAACCAGACACGGACCUGAGGCGCAGGCUGCGCGAUCUUCGCACCAGGACCAGGGCUUUCGCGUCCACCAAACCGAUGAAUCUGCUCACCCACAUUCUGGAGUGCGAAAAGCUCGACGUGGAUGUUGCGGAGCGCGUUAUGUGCUGGCUAUACAAACCCAGAUCUAGGAUGCAGUUCGGCUGGGCGCGCGAUGCCACCGGUCGACGGCAAGCCACUGCCGCCAUGCGAAAGUGGCAGGAACGGUUCGACGGCAAGCGGCAAGAUCGGACGUUCCGCGAGUGCUUGUACUUUGUGUCCAAGGAAGCGGCUGGAGUUCUCCGAGUCGACCAGGCGAUCAAGACCAUGGGAGUCACUUUCCACCCUGAAGAAGGACUCCAGGACGAACAGAGAGCGGGAGAGGAAACACAACCAGCAGCAGGAGAAGAAGUCGAACCAGGCCUGUCCGUUGCUGAAGCACUGAUGCGCAUCCGUGAGCUCCACAACGAAAUCAACAGUCUCUGGUGGGCGGGCGAGAGCGAGAUCAGUGGCUGCAGUGAGCAACUCAUCGUCCGAAUACUGCGACGCAAGAAGUGGAAUGUGCAAGCUGCAGUACGGCACUUUGUUGAUUGCAACAUGUUGCAGCGCCACACUCAUCUAAAGAUGGUCAAUGACUUCGGCAUGACGCGUCAGGAGGUGGAUGCCAGAAUCCGGCAGGUUCAGAGCUACAUGGUGACGCGGUAUAAUCGAGACCGGGAUGACCCCAUAGUCAAAGACAAAGGUAGGAUCGCGCGCGUGUUGGCGAGGGAGUGCGACUAUAGUGUCCCGGCGGCUAUUUUCCACCUUGUCAAUACUGGUGAGUUGACCAUCCGGGGACAUAGAGAAGCUGAUGCGAUUGAAGCUGCCGUCGACGGCCUGAUCAAGGAUGUGAUCAACAAACCGGCGUCUGGUCCCUCCUAUGGCGGUCCUCGGUCGGAGCCUAUCAGCAGUUCUUCGUCUAGCAGCAGCGCUCACUCUCGCCACAUUUCGAACAGUUCCGAGUCUGAUCCCGGCCCACCGCCUGGUGUAGGCGCAGCUGGCGCAGGCGCCACAGGCACAAAUUUGGGCAAUGGCGAGAUUGGUAAUGCUUCCCGAUAUCCGGAACAUCGUCCAGCUUACGAUCAGAUGCUCGACAUCCUCAAUGACAUGGGUCCCGUUCAACAGAAGGCCGGAACAGGUUAUGAUCAGAUGCUCGACGUUCUCAACGACAUGGGCCCGAUUGAUCGAGAUGCUGGCACGCGUGGCAAGCACACCUCACCUCAUGCCGGCGCGGCUCCUCAUCAGAGCCAGUCGCGGCGUCCGUCCUCUGCGCGAAUCGUUCAGCAAGCACGGUAUUCUAGAGGACAGGCCUCAAUGGACCCCAGCGAGAAUGGCCCACCUGCCGACGAAAAUGGGAGCAUGAGUCCGGUCAGCGCCGAGGAAGGAGAUGUAUCUUGGGCACGCGAUGACGACGAGCUUCAGGUGAUGGACGACGACUACCAGGAGUGCGCCCCGGUGACUGAGUCUCAAGCGGAGAGGAACAGAACCCAGCUGGAAAUUGCUCGCAUGAGAAGCAGCGCUCAAGUGGCCAAGAACAAGACCUGGCUGACCGCUCAGCUGCGUAGCAAGCCACUCGUCCAGCAAAGCAACAGCUUCGAUAACAUCUACAGCGACAGAGCUGUCGCGCGGCACUCGCAGCGAUCACUGCCGGCGACGAGGCGAGCGGAGUUCGAGGAUAUCUGGAUGACAGGUGCUUUGCAUCCCAAUGAUGAAAAAAAUGCUCAUACACAAUACGAGGAAAGGCUAAAGCGGCUUGCUGAUGAGAUUGUCAUAGGGCACUGGCCUGAGCUCAGAGAAGACGAGGAGAGGAAUUCAAGAGAAGUGGAGCGGUGGCAGGAGGAGGAGGAGGAGGAGGAGGAGAAGGAGGCUGGAGAAGGAGAAGGAAAAGGAGAAGGAAGGGGGAGCUGGAAAGACGAUGAAGAAGGCGGGCAAGGAAGUGCCCUCCGGGGUGAGAGGAAAGACAAGGACAGCACCACGGAAGCGGGCGUGAGAUCUGGAGGCUUUGGUAUUCGCAGGUGUUCGGUGCCGUCUCGUUGGAUGACUCGUUGCAUUGCAGGGGAUUGA